CAUAUCCAAUUAUCUCAUUAUCAACUAAUUAGCAAAUCUUCUUACUAAACUAAUCUCUUCUUUCUUUUUAAUAUCUUGCCUUAACUUUGUUACUUAAUCAUGGGUGUUUUCACAUGCACAUUGGCCGACAUCACCAGCCCAGUCGCCGCCUCCCGGUUGUUCCAAGCUCUAGCCCUUGACAACCAUAACUUUGUUCCUAAGGCUUUGCCUCAAUUUGCUAAAUCUGUUGAGUUUGUUGAAGGCGAUUCCACCACUGUUGGAUGCAUCAAGCAGAUCAAUUUCCCCGAUGAGGCUCCAUUCAAAUAUGUGAAAAACAGAGUGGACGAGAUUGAUUCCAACAACUUCUACCUAAAGUACACUUGCAUUGAAGGAGAUGCGUUUCCUGAUACUGUGGAGUACGCUGUGUAUGAAGACAAGUACGAGGUGUCUGAAGCCGGAACCCGGUGCAAGAUGGUAGCACACUAUCACAUGAAGGGAGACAGUGUGAUGAAGGAAGAAGAUCUUCAAAAGGCCAAAGAAGGAAUUCACAAGGUGUUUAAGGCUGUUGAAGAGCACCUCAUUGCCAACCCUCAAGUUUAUGCUUGAACUACUACUGUACAACUUUAUUAAGUGUUUGUGUCAAAAAAAAAAAAAAAGAAAAAAAAAAAUCCUUUAUUAAGUGUAAUGAGUGACGAAAAAUGAGAUUAUGUAAUGUGUGUGGAAAUUUGCCUCCUUUUUUGGGGUGUGGUUUAAUUUGAGAUGUGAAUUGUGAAGUUGUAUGAGAUGUUAAGUUUCAUGUGAGUGAAAUUUUGUAUGUGAUUAAUAAACAAAAAGCUAAAGAAGAGUUAUGAAUGGUAAUAUGGUAUAUGUCCAA